CUCUUUUCCAAUUUUCCCUUAAUGACAAAAUUUUAUUUUUAUUACCUUUUUUGUCUUUUGUACAUGUUGUCUAGCUCUAAAGUCAAGCUUGCAAAACCCCCUACAUUAAUAGCAGCAAAUCUGACGCAAGCGAUUAUAUCCUGUCUCCUCCCCCUUUCCCCACCACCCCCCUGCCCGCUUUUUAUUUCAUUAUAAUCUCUUUUCUAUUUUUCUUUUUUAUCCCUCAUACUUUGUUUUUUAUUUUACCUUCCCUUUAUUUUCCAUCAUUAAUAUUUUUCUAUCACUUUGCAUUUUUAUUAUCUACAAAUAACGACCUGAAUAUGGACAACACAGUUUCGGGACAGUCGUUAGGCGACCAGAUGCUUGGUCUGUUGAAUAUGCAAUACACAGGAGCGACUAACCACAGCAGCAAUAGCAACUUGGGUGCCUUGGGAGGCUCGAUUGCGGGGCAAAGUCCGUUCUCCGCAUCACCUUCAUCCACAGUAAUAGGGAACAUUACUGCCUCAGAACAGACGCAGCAGCAGCAGCGAGUAGGAAUAACAGUACCUCACCAUAUGUUGACGUCCUGUGGAUGGCCCAUGGUCCACCAAUUAACAACACAGCAACAACAAGCGACCGACAGUUCGGCAACGGUGUCGCCGGCGCAGCAGAGUUUAAGAAAUGAGCUGGCCUUGCAGCAGUUGGCUGGGGUGCCGGCACAGCAGGCGGCGCCGGGCGAGCUGAACAACUACUCACUUAUUUUACAAUAUUGGGAGCAGCUUCAGCAACAACAGCAUCAGAUGCAGCUCAUGCAUGCUGGGCAGUUGAAUCAGUCUGUAAUAGCUAUGCCAGCCGUUGCACAGCAGGAGAUGGAGCAGAGGAUGCCCCACCUACAAGUACCUUUGUCAUGUGUUCCUUCCUCGUCGUUUCCAUACCCAGCACAAUCAUCAGCGCAUGCAGGGGCUUUUUUCCAAAGCAGACCAGGCAUCACCUUGGCACAGGCGCAGAUACAAGCACAAAUGCUGGCUCAAGUUCAAGCACAAGCAUUUGCUCAAGUACAAGCGCGGGCUCUAACGCCAGCCAGUACAUUGCUGUCUGCAACACCCGCGGGCCAAGAGCAGCAGCAGCCACCCCUGCAUGGAGCAACACAUUCGGAUACGAGCGCAGCCAAUUGGGAUGCAGCAAAUGUUGGCGGUGCCAAUCCUGCUUUCGCAAACAUAUACGAUUUUACUCCGAAUAGCACUCUGGGCAGCAGUGGUCUAUUCGCAGGCUCGACGCCCAGAGCCAGUCCGGCCCCCGGCUCAGCCGCGCAGAAAUAUCCCAAGCCUCUUGUGCCAAAGAAAACCAGGCGCAGAACGGGUCUCAACAAUGUCAGAAAGGACAGUGCCGUUGCUGCGCCGACGCCGACGCCGACGCCGACCAAGCAGGGGCGGUCGCGGUCACAGUCGGGGGUCAAGUCUAUUACGACUCCGGGCUCGGCAGUCAGCAUGCUGUCUCUGGCCGAGGUGCCACUAGCUGAGCGCUUUCAGGUUCAGACGCCGCCAGCUGAGCAAAUGCCGUCGCCGCCACUCCAGCACCACAUCCCCCGGCGCGAUGUUCUAGGCAGCGCCAUUGAUCGGCUACUGGCAUUCCACAGCUCAUUCACCGGCAUGCCGCGCACGCUGGAGGAGUGGAACGCGGUGAUCGACGAGCACUUUGUGGCGGACGGCGGGCUGCGGCUGGACCUGGGAACGCAGAGCUACGACGUGCCCAAGAGCACGGCCGGCCGCUUCUACCACACAUUUUUUGGCGCGGACGGCGUCAUCUCCAUGUACGUGGCGCUGGGCCCAGCAACUAUCAACGCCUUGCCCAUCGGUACAGAGUUUGUCGUUGCGUUCCACAACGUGCUGAUUACCACAACAUAUGCCGGCGGUCGGCGUGUACUAGAGUCGGGCGCGCUGCGGGCGGUGUUUGCCAGCGACUUCCGCAUCCGCCUGUGGGCGUUUUCGGCAACCGACGCGACAGUGUGCUUGCCGAGGAAACGGCCGAGCGGACAUGAUGAUGCGCUGGUGCGUAUGGCUGACGCGACAAUUGCACGUAACCUCGAAUGGUCGGCUGAGGCACCAGUGGCACCGCCAGCGCAGAAGCGCAGAAAGUCGUCGAACGGACGUCAGCCGCAAGAGGAGUGCGUUUUGCCGACAGACUCACUGCGCCACGCCGAGGUUGCCAAUAUUGCAUUUUCGCUCAGUGAUUUGCUUGCACUGCAGGGCGUACACGAUGUGUUCAAGGUGCCGGAGCUGUUGGAUAUCUGGGCCAGCUUGCAGAGCCCUUCUCCCGCUGAGGUGCCAAAGACUGACGAACCUGCUCCUGUUUCUGUGCCUGCUCCUCCGCGUAAGCGUGGGCGUAAGCGCUCGACAACAACGUCGACUGCACCGACCGCAGUGUAAACACUUUCUUUUUUGUUCUCUUGUAUUUAUUUGCCAUCAUUUCUUUUUCUUUCUUUCUGUCUUCUUAAUAAGCUAUGCUUGUGUUUUUGUUUUCCUUC